AUGUGGAAAGAGCCUCAACCUAAUAGCGUCAUCCGAAAUCCCUUGAAAGAGAACGAGGAAAUAAUUGAUUAUGCAAAUGUGAAGCAGAAUGAUGAAGAUAAUGUUCAACAUGAAGAUUUAAAUCAAGAGAAUUGCUUUUCUUUGAAUUUUAAGGAUUAUGGAAAUUGGAAAGACGUUCGCAUUGAUCAAAAGAUAAGGGACUUUAUGGUUGAAAUAGGUCCAAAAAAGAUUGAUUACAUAUUGUUUCCCAAAGAUAAUCAAGGUAGACAUUUUGAUUCAUCACAAUAUAAGCGUCUACUUGCAAAUGGGCAAACAACUGAUAGAAGAUGGUUAGUGUAUUCAAUAUCUUUAGACAAGAUAUUUUGUUUUUACUGCAAGUUGAUAAGUCCAAUUGUCACAAAAGUAAAACAUGCAAAAUAUUCUUCCGUCAUACUUGAUUGUACUCCACAUGCGAGUCAUGAGAAGCAAAUGUCUCUAGUAAUACGAUGCAUGGAUGAUUCAAUAAACUCAUCGAUGCUUAAUAUUGAUAAUAUUAGAGGCCAAGGGUAUGACAAUGGAGCUAAUAUGAGCGAGAGACAUAAAGGUGCGCAAAAAAAGAAGAUUUUUAAAGAUAAGGUUGAGGGUUUGACACUUAAGCUAUUGUCACAAACACGCUGGAAAAGUCACGUGGAAAGUAUCAAGUCUAUAAAAGAACAAUCUGUACAAAUAAGAGACGCUUUACUUGACUUGGCAAACAUAAUUGAAGAUCCUAAAACAAAGAGUAAAGCUGAGUUUUUAGCAAUAUAUGAACUUGAGAAUUUUGAGUUUUUGCUUAGCAUGGUCAUUUGGUAUAAGUUGUUGCAAGCAAUCAAUACUGUGAGUAAUUUUUUUCAAGUUGAAAAUAUGGAUAUUGAUGAAGCCAUCAAGUUUUUACAAGCACAUAUUUUGUUUCUCAAAAAAUAUAGAGAAUCUAGAUUUGCUAGUGCUAUUAAGGAUGCUAAACAAAUAUCAAGUGAAAUGGGAAUUGAGGCUGUAUUUGGAGAGAAAAUGCAUCAUUUGAAGGAAGACGUAGUUCGAUGA